CAGAGGUGAUUCGAUAAGUGGAAGAGAAUUGGGUUUGUACCACCAACAAUCAACGUAGUUGUAUGACAUACGCGUAGGAGACGAGUCACUAGGAGUUGGCCGUUCACGCAGCUGGAGUUGGCGAUCCUAAGAUGUCUACCCUGACGCAGCAACGCAAGCUUGUGGAACAACUACGCCAAGAAGCCAACUUGAAUCGACGUCCUGUGUCCGAGUGCGUGCGGGACAUGAUCGCCUACAUGGAACAGAAUCGAGAGAAGGACUGCCUGGUCAGUGGGUUCGCCAGCAAAAAGGAUAACCCAUUCCAAGAGAAAGGCGGUUGUCUCAUGCUGUAG